AUGGCAGCUGCUUGUCCGAACAACGCCUGGACUAUCGCUGCUGAUGGUUGCCUGCCAGCAGACAUCGCAAUCACCUGUGGAAGCUCUCAAGUGACAGUCAGCGUUCUCGUCGAUCAUCUUUACGAGAAUCUCCCCGAAGACUAUCACGACAACGCCCGAAUCGAAUUCGGGGACUGCACUGGCAGCAACAGACCAGAUGCCAACAACACCAUCUCAGAAACCUUCGACCUCAACGCCUGUGGAGGAAGAUUUACUCAAGAUGAAGACAUCUUCGUUGCCUUUUACGUCAAAGGCGUUGACUCAGCAGCUUCGACAGAGGUGCAAGGAACAGACAUUGUUCUUACGCCUGUUUUAUCGUUCGAAGUUGAGUGCGAGUACAGCUCCACAACAACUCUCGAAUCGGUCAAUUUCGACGUUGAUACUCCUGAUGUCGACUACGGCAACGUCACCGGAACCGUCGGAAAUUUCAAUGAUAAGUUCUUAAUGGACUGGUUCUCCGAUUCUGCACUUGAAAAUAAAGAAGAAGUCUCGCUCGGUGACGAGGUUUACAUUCGAACCACCUCUAGCCUCGAAGCGAGCCACAACUACCGACUUACAUCUUGUACCGCCAGUCAAGGCGACAAAACGAUUGAGAUUCUUUCGCAAUGUGACGAGGGCAUCAAGGCUGGAGCGAUGGCCAUCCUUGGUAUCGGCGAAGUCUCUCCUGCCACUGCAGAGAACAGUGGAAUUUAUAGCUUCGGCUUCAAAGUCAGCGAUGAAAUUCUUCUCAAAGAAAAAGAGCCAAAAAAUCUGGCAAUUACAGAACAACGCGUUCCUGAGCGUAAGUUCUCACUCAAACGCGUCAAUUCACUAGCAAAAGCGCGUCAAUCAAUAUGCGAUCAGUUUCAGGCAAUAAGAACCGCACAGACAAUCGGAAGAAUUCAGCGAAACGUCGCCCAAAACAGACCUGUUCAUUUCAAACCACAGCGAUCAAGUACAGUUCCUUCUCCGAAUCUCGCAAGCUCAAAACAAGCCUCAGAAGACGUGCCAAUUCAUGCUCGUCUGCGAGUGAAAACGCGAGGAAAUGCUAGUUGCCGCAGUCACGCCAGUCCGAGACCAAUGACUCCGCUAAAAAGACAAAACGCCAUCUUCGACGAGCCCCGAAUGUCCGAAUCGCCGAGUCCUGGCUCACGCGCUGUGCGAUCAUUGACUCUGCAAUAA